AUGGUAUCGCAGGUCAACCCCGAAUAUCUCUCCGUCAACUGGGAGACUGCGGGCGGUGGAGCUUUCGCCGUUAUUCCCCUCCGUGAGAAGGGCAGACUCCCUGAACGUAUUCCGCUCUUCCGUGGGCACACCUCAGUAGUCCUCGACACAGACUGGUCAGCAAUCCUCACAAUGGCAGUAUUCCUUUGGAGAGUGCCCGAGGGAUUUACUCUGUACACAGAUGCAGAAGAGAUCCAAGACAUUGCUCCAGUCGGCAGACUUCCAGGUCAUCCUAAGAAAGUUGGCCAUGUUUUGUUCAAUCCUGCUGCCGAGAACGUCCUUGCUUCCUCUUCCGGAGACUUUACCGUAAAGAUCUGGGACAUCGAAGCCGGUGCAUCUAAACUCACUCUCAACGUCAAUGAAGUAAUACAGUCCAUGUCAUGGAGUGCGAACGGCUCCUUGCUUGUCACAACCUCCCGUGACAAGAAACUGCGCAUUUGGGACGUUCGGCAAGAGAAGCCAGUACAUGAAGGUGCCGGUCACCCUGGUGCUAAGAACAGUCGAGCCGUCUGGAUGGGUGAGCAUGACCGUAUUGCAACAACUGGUUUCUCCAAGAUGAGCGAUAGACAAAUGGCUCUAUGGGAUGUUCGAGCUGCCAGGGAGCCUAUCAAUGGCUUCAAAGUUCUAGAUUCCAUCUCUGGCGUCUGCAUGCCAUUCUGGGAUCAGGGUACCCAGUGUCUAUACCUUGCAGGAAAGGGAGAUGGAAACAUUCGAUACUUCGAGUACCAAAACGACAAAUUUGAAUUCUUAGCCGAGUACAAAUCUGGCGAUCCACAGCGCGGUGUAGCAUUUAUGCCGAAGCGAGGCGUCAACAUGCACGAGAAUGAGGUCGUAAGGGCUUAUAAGACUGUUAACGACUCAUACAUCGAGCCUAUUUCCUUCAUUGUUCCCCGCCGUGCAGAGGUGUUCCAGGAUGACAUCUACCCACCGACUACUGGCAUCAGCCCUGCCAUGUCUUCCAGCGAAUGGUUUGCAGGCAAGGAAGCACUUCCUCCCAAGAUUGAUAUGGCUAAACUAUACGAAGGAGGAGUCAUGAAAGAGCUUCCAGCGGAUGCAGUGGCUUCUACAAACCAGCCCGAAGUCAAGGCACCGGAGCCGGCCAAACAGGCAGAACCAGCCCCAAGACCAACACCAGAACCCGCACCCGCACCAGCUGCUACUGUAAUCACCCCGCGCGCCGGUAUGAAAGAACAAGGCGCCUCCAUGGCUGCGGCCGCAUCAAAGUAUAUGGAUAAUGAUGAGGAUGAGGAGGAGGAGGCUGGUGGCAGCUCGAGCUUCGACGCGGCAAAGUCCCAACCUCAAAAAGUGCCCUCCAUCUCCGUUUCCCCAGCACAGGCUGAGGCUUCUCAGCCAUCUAAGGAGGAGCCAAAGGAGUCAAAACCCACUCCAAAACCGACAGCCACAGCCACUUCGGCUCCAGCUAGCAAGGGUACCGACUCUAUCUCUUCGGAGUCAUCGCUAGUCAAAGAGAUUGAGGCCAUCAAAGAGGUUCUAACUGAACAAACCCGCACCAUCACCUCUCAGGCUGAGGAGCUCAAAGCCCUGAAAUCUGAAGUUGCCAGCCUCAAAUCGAAACUCGGAUAG